AUGGAUAAAGAACGGCUGCGCAAAUUGAAAUCCUCUCAGCAAGAACCAAUUACAUACUUCCAGGGUGAAGCUACAUGCAAAAACAUACAAGCUGAGGAAUACCUGGAAUGUUCGGCCAAAUUUCAGGAGAAUGUAGAUAAUGUGUUCAGAGAAGCCACGCUCAUUGCACUAAAUGGCAUGAAAAAGGAAGAGAGGAUGAAAAGGAAGCACAAGAGCUGCCUGCUUCUCUGA